AUAUUUAUCGGUGUUGAAUUACUGUUCGUAGUUCCUAGUUCGUAGUUCGUACAACUCACUUGUCUAUUUGGUGUUUAGUAAGAAUAUUAGAAGACUUGUCUGGGCUUUGUGCGCUAUACAGCAACCCAUAUUUAGAUUGGAGCUACUUUGUCUCAGUUAAUCAGAGAAACAGACGUCAGAUCAAUUCGAAAAUAUGGAGGAAAAAAAGAAGCCUACGAAAACUGAAAAGUUGGCGCAGUUGCGUUCCGACUUCGCUAAGUUUCUCUACACAAAGGAAGGUGAUCAACCAGCGGUUGUUAUGGGUCGUACUGCAAAAAGUUGGGCUAAGAUUAAUCUGUUUUUCCUGAUCUACUAUAUAUGCUUGGCUUCGUUUUUUGCCGCUAUGUUUGCCAUUGCUUAUUCAACUUGGCCAGACAUAAAGGAUGGGCCAAAAUAUAACUCGAUUCUUUAUAACAAGCCACUACUUUUGGUGUUUCCUGAUGGGCGUAGUCCUUGGAAACAAUCUGAAAUUAGUAAUAUUAGAAAAAGCUAUGAUGAUUUUUUGGAUGGUUACAAUGACACACUAUGUUAUUUAAAGGAUCCGUGCCAACCUAAUGAUACUUAUCGACCAGAGAAUGCAGAGAGACAAUGUGGUUUUAAUUAUACUACUUUGGGACCAUGUAGCCCUUAUUCAAAUUCCAACUACGGAUAUAAUGACCAAAGACCAUGUUUAUAUCUUCGUUUGUCAAAGAUUUAUAACUGGAGUCCAAAACCAAAAAGUGGCAAGUUUGUAGAAAUAAGUUGUGAACCUCAUAAGGAUAUUAAGUGUUAUCCCGAUUGCAAGAACGCCUUUCCAAUAAGCUUCUGGCCAUUUCGAGGAGAGUCACAUUUCAGAACACCAAUUGUUGCAAUCCAGCUUUUCAAUCAUUCUGAAGCAGUAACAGUCAAAUGUAAGGCUGUGGCUCAAAAUAUUGAACUUAGUGACACAUACAAGCAUAGAAAAGGUGCUACUGGUAAAAUUGAGUUUCGUGUUGUAUCAAAACCAUCACCUUAAUCUACCAUACUAAACUUUGACUAUUUUACUAUGAUAGUUUCCUUAUUUAAAACAUUUUAGUACAAUAUACAUGAUUUUUGUUUGAACAUUUUUGUCUGAUAUAAUUUGGUGUGUGAAAUUAAGUUUGCCAUCAGUGAUCAGAAGUUAUUUAAAAUGUACCCAAUUUGUAAUUUCAUCUUUUGUUUUAUUAGUAUUUUUUGUGUCUAUUUUUGCUGUACUUCUUGGUUGUGUAGAUUGACUACAAAAUUACACUUGUGCCCCAAUAAGUUUGACUUAAAGACAGUAAUUGCUUCGAAUUGCUUACACAGACAAUUCUUUAUUAGAUUAACAAAGUAUAGGAUGGUGAAUUUUUUUAUUUAUGUUGAGUUUUUGUAUUUAUUCUUUAUGGCAGGUUUAUGUCAAUAAUAUUUGUAAACAAA